UAAACACCCACACGACCGCUCCCACACCCACGACAUCCGCCGCCAGCUGCACCAGCUGCUGCAACAAUGGCGCCCUCAGAAGGUGCUAUCCUCGCUGACUUCCUCCUCGCGCCAGCUCCCCUGCGCAAUUUCAUGUCGCUAAGCCAAUUCACCGACAUCUUCCCCGUCGCGCAGCGCUCAAACCCCGCCAUCAAGGAGCUCUACCAGGAACUGAAUCGUGCCAGGGAGGCGGAUAUCGCCCAUGUGCGCCAGAGCAUCAAGAGGGAGGUUAAGGCGUCGGAGCAACUGAAGCGCAGCAUUACCCGGGACAGGCAACAUGCCGAUCGUGCCGCCGUUGCUGGUCUCGACCCUGUUGCGCUGGGCAUGGAGGCAGAGCUGUCCACCCACAGCCAACGCGGAAAGCCCCACACUCUGCCCUCAAUCUGCCCUCUCAUCCGAGAAGCCUGCGACAGCGUCGCCGUCCAAGUCACCGACAUGGAACUUGAGCUGCAGAAAGUGCGAGCAGAAGUCAGGGACGCCAUUGGUGGGUUGAGUGAUCUCCGAUACGGCCACUUCCCCCGGUCUCCAGGCACCGACGACGAACUGGGAGACGAGCUUCUUGCUACGCUCAAGAGGCUCGAAUCUGCCUGUGCUGAAUCUGCCGUCUGAAUUAGACCAUCCUUACUUUCCUAGCCGAAGUUGUCGUCUUAAGACUUAAAGACCCGCAAUCAGCGAGCGCUUCCCGAGGCGGAAGUAGUUAGGAACGCAGAGUGCAGAGAGAGCUCAGAGGAUUUCAUCCCAGGACCUCACUACCGACCACCCGGGGCCUGUUCUCCCAAAGCGGUCUUUCAAGGCUCCUGCUAGUCGAUAGAUUGCUUGACAUGACUGAAAAGGGUUACGUGGAGCCUGGACAGAAUAAGUUAAACUGAAUGCCAUAGCUCGUCUCAAACUCCCUCGGGACAUUUCCGUUGCGUCUUAGUCCGCAAGGGCUUUAAGUUCAGCCUUAAUGUCGUAAUUCCAUUUUCCUAAUGUCGGCUGUCCUUUACAUACAUCGUCAAUGGAUUCUGUAAUGACGGAAUCAAUGUGCAAAAUCAUGUUCCAACUCCAACAAACACUCCCUUUGGAGGCUUCCUGGCAUCUCC